UCUUUCUUUCUGGCUCGUCGUCUUUGUGCUGUGGUAGCGCCUCUAGAAGCUCGGGAGUGGACUGGACCGGAUUUGCGUUUGGCCUUCGUCUUUCUCUCGAGAAAAGUCAACACGGGCCGCGGGACUCAUGACCCAUGAGCAGUUCCAGCCGAGUGUUCUUAUUUUUCUUCCGGAUUGGAGGCCCCGGAUCCAUGAUCCAAGGCAGGCGCAGCAUUUCCGGCGUUAGCAAUAGCGCCCAAAACCUUGGAUUCGUCAAAACGAGCAUCCAACCAGCGAAGGUCGACACAAGCCAAGUCUGAGGUUUAACAGUGAUAUCAGUCGGUCAGCCGGUAGCAUCAUCUAAGCAGCGAUAUUUUCGCCCACAAAACAGGGGCAGGGAAAGCAAUGGGUAGCUAGCAAAACGGCACAGGUUUCUCUCAGAUCGGAGCAGGCAAAAUCCAAGCUUGGAACUUGGAAGACAAGGAAACAAAGAAUUAGUCUUCAAAGGUGGUUCUUCUCAGGGAAAAACUAGACUUUUCAGCUCGGGCUCCAGAGAUCCACGGGAAUUCUCCAGGAAACAGCGAAAACCUGCAGGAGUGGAAGCUCUAGAAAAAGUGGCAGCGGCUUAAAAGUCUUCCAGCCGAGAAGAAGUUCGUCCCGCAGCUAUAAAGAUAAGUUCCAUCAAGAAAGCGAGGAAAAGCGUUUGAGCGGACGUCAAAGUCGCGGGUUCCAGGGAGAAAAAUCGCUUUUUUCCGCCCUCCUGGAGCUCUAGCUACAAGAUCAGAUGGGGAAUUGCUGCGCGACACCACCCCGAGAGGCGGGCGAUCAAGACUCCCACAAGCCUCGAGGGAAGAAGAAGCGAUUCAAGGGCAACCCCUACGCCAAGGACAGCGAGAACGGGCAGCGCAAGCUGACGGUGCUGGACGCGGAGCAGCGCACCGGGAGCUCGAUCAAGGAGCGCUACAACCUGGGGCGCGAGCUGGGGCGCGGCGAGUUCGGCGUCACGUACCUGUGCAUGGAGCAGGAGUCGCAGGAGCUGCUGGCGUGCAAGUCCAUCUCCAAGUCCAAGCUCAAGACGGCGGUGGACAUCGAGGACGUGCGGCGCGAGGUGGCGAUCAUGCGCCACCUGCCGCCACACUCCAACAUCGUGGCGCUCAAGGGCGCGUACGAGGACGAGCGCGCGGUGCACAUCGUCAUGGAGCUGUGCGCGGGCGGCGAGCUGUUUGAUCGGAUCAUCGCGCGGGGGCACUACACGGAGCGCGCGGCGGCGGGGGUCAUCCGUACCAUCGUCGAGGUCGUACAGGCGUGUCACCGCCAGGGAGUCAUGCACCGAGAUCUCAAGCCCGAGAACUUCCUCUUCGCCAACCGCAAGGAGAAUUCGGCGCUCAAGGCCAUCGACUUUGGGCUCUCGGUUUUCUUUCGUCCCGGGGAGCGAUUCAACGAGAUCGUGGGCAGCCCCUACUACAUGGCGCCCGAGGUCCUCAAGCGCAACUAUGGCCCCGAGGUGGACGUGUGGAGCGCCGGCGUCAUCCUCUACAUCUUGCUGUGCGGCGUGCCGCCCUUCUGGGCCGAGACCGAGCAGGGCGUGGCGCAGGCCAUACUGCGCGGCGUGCUCGACUUCCGGCGCGAGCCGUGGCCGGCGGUGUCCGAGUCCGCCAAGAGCCUCGUCCGCCGGAUGCUGGAGCCCGACCCGCGGCUCCGCCUCUCGGCGUCGCAGGUGCUGGAGCACCCCUGGCUGCACCGCGCGGGGAAGCACGCGCCAAAUGUACCGCUGGACGCCGUGCGGACCCGGCUCAAGCAGUUCGCGGCGCUCAACAAGCUGCGCAAGAAGGCGCUGGAGAUCAUCGCGGAGGAGCUGUCGCAGGAGGAGAAUGCUGGCAUGCGGGAGAUCUUCGAGGCCAUGGACUCGAGCGGGCGGGGCGGGAUCACGCUCGACGAGCUCAAGAUCGGGCUGGCGAAAUCGCCCACCAUCGUCACGAACGAGUACGCCGAGGUGGAGCUCAAGUCGGUGAUGGACGCCGCGGACGAGGACAACGAUGGCGUGCUCAACUAUGGCGAGUUCGUCACCGUGAUCGUCUACCUCCAGCAGCGGUUCGACAGCGACGACCACCUCCGCAAGGCUUUUGAUCGGCUCGACAAGGAUGCCAACGGGUUCCUGGACAAAGAGGAUCUGGCGGCGGCGCUGGCGGAGGAGCCGGGCGGCGGCGAUGGCGGCGAGGUGGUGGCGGACAUCCUGGCGGAGGUGGACGCGGAUAAGGAUGGAUUGGUGAGCUACGAGGAGUUCGCGAGGGUGAUGAGAACUGGCACGGAUUGGCGGAAGGCGUCGCGGCGCUACUCCAAGGGACGAUUCAACAGCCUCAGCAAUAAGCUCAUCAAGGAUGGAUCUCUCACCGCGACCGCAUAGUAAAUUCUUUUCUUCUUUGUUUUACGUUGGAGCAAGAUUUUUACUCCCCGCGACUGGUAAAAUUUCCGCUAGUAGUAACCUCUAAGAUCAUAAACUUUGGACUUGUCAAUAGAAGAGAUUCAACACCGUCAGCAAUAAGCUAUAAAUCUCUCACCGCAA